AUGUCAGAUGUGUUUUCCAUAUUUAAAAAAAAACGAAUAAAAAAAGCAAAACUGUGCAAAACAUCCGUAAAAAAAAACAAGGGGAGGAUUUUUAUGAGCGACAAGUCCCGUCGGAAGGCGUACGCGACGAGCCGAGCGGUCAGCAGCAACCACAGCGGGUUGCUCCACCACAAGCACAGUGAUGAGUAUCUGAAGGGGUCCGGAGGGGGAGCAGCAGCAGGAGGAGGCAGCUUCAGCGGUGUCCUCAACGAACCCCCGUUCAGCAAAUUAGCGGAAAUCGAUUUAUUAAACAACGAAACAAAUGUCGUUGUGGAAAAUUUCCCAAAGCUCCCUGUAAAAAAUAUAGAGUCAUGUGAAGAAGUAUAUAACAUCUUCUACCUGAGGGAUCAAUAUUUGAUUGGAAAUAAAAAUAUACAAAUAAAUAAUGACCACUUGAUUCUGCUUGAAACGACACUAGACAAAUUAGACGCAGCCAUAUCUGAGUUGGACACAGAAGAAAAUUAUUCCACGAAAAAAAUAUUAACAAGUGUAUAUGAAAAGGUUUUUAAUUUAUAUAGGAGUUUCAAAAGCAUGAAAAUUUUACCUCCCCAAUUAUCCAAUGCAUAUAAUUGUUUCCAGAGCAAUGUUAUAUUUGUAAAAGGCAAGCAAUUUAAAAAAAAUUAUGUGUUCGAUAAUUUAAUAAAUAUUUACACAUACCUACAGAACAGUGAAUUGCAACAGGAUAACAUCGAGACGAUCAACCAAGCCAUUUAUAUUAAGGAUAAAAAUGUGUCCACUCCAUCCUUCAUCAACAAGAGCAUUUUGUGUUCCAAUGAAAGUGUUGAAGAGCACAUUGAAUAUUUACCCAUGAAGUUUAAUCCUCAUUUUACAGAAUUAAACAAAAUUUCCAUUUAUUACCUUUUUGAAGAAUCUGUUAAUCACAUCAUAUGGCAGAAGGCGCUAGACGAAUUAGUCGUUGUGAAAGCCUUGGCGGAUAUACCCUACUUGGACUUAUCGGAGGUGGAAGGGUUCGAUUUUAAAAAAAUGAAAUCGGGACAAAGGCAAUGGUAUCCUGUAUAUAUUGCUAAGGAGUUAAGUGAAGAAGGACUUGCCACAGUGGAAUUUCCCUUUUGGUUUUAUAUUGACAAUUUAAAAAAUAUUUACAAGAAGGAGUUUGAGGACAUGAACGAGCUGACGGACCUCCCCAGUCCCUUCUUCUUCGAAAUAUCUUCCAUGUUCCUUGAAAAUAAUGCGUUUAAGAAUUCUACGCCGAUCGAGACCAUCGGCCAGCGCACGCCCUACAAGUACAUACUUAAGGUGGCAGGCCUCAUCCAGGAUAUACGACAGAAGCGCAUUCACAAAAUUUUGAACAAGUUCAAGAACUGCGACGUCCUGUCUGAAAUCCUGAUAAUAAAUAACAUACAGAUAUACGAAACGUAUUGUGUGAAUUACUUGGCUUCUGUUUUUUUUCAGAGCAAAGGGUCCAGUAGUUCUGUGGCGGACAAUUUUGAUGUGCGCAACUAUCUGUUCGACCCCUUUGUUUUUAGUGCCUGA